CGACAGCCUUGCUCAAAAGUCAAAUAAGAAUGGCAAGGGGACGGUUGAUACAUCAUCUAUCAUAAAUUAAAAGAGAAGUAUAUCGAAAUUCGAAAUUAAUUACUUCAAAAAUUAAUUUCAGACUUUUUAAGUUUUUUUUAAAAGUAGCAUUUUAUAUAUUUUAUUUUUUUGAGGAUUUGAAUCUACGCAAUGCUUAAUCCUGACGAAGAUACAGAAUGGAAUGAUAUUUUACGAUCUAAGGGUAUUCUCCCUCCAAAACCUAAAGAGACUGAAAUAACAGAAGAGGAAAUUGUUUCGAUAGUAGAAAAAACUAUUAAACAAAAGACACAAAAUGAUGGUAAAAAAGAAUUAGAUCAAAUGAAUUUAGAUGAGCUAGAUGAGUUAGAAGAUUCUGAAGAUGAAUAUGUUUUGGAGGAGUAUAGACGUAAGAGAAUAGCUGAAAUGAAAGCUAUUGCAGAAAAAUCAAAAUUUGGUGUAGUUUGUUCCAUUAGCGCUCAAGACUAUGUGGACGAAGUGAACAAAGCUGGAGAGGGGAUUUGGGUCGUUUUACAUUUAUAUGCAAAUGGGGUUCCUUUAUGUAAUAUAAUAAAUCAUUAUAUGGCAUCCUUAGCACAAAAGUAUCCUCAAACAAAAUUCCUGAAGUCGGUCGCUACAACAUGCAUUGCAGAUUUCCCUGAAAAAAAUUGUCCAAGUAUUUUUAUAUAUUAUGAAGGCAAUUUAAAAAAGCAAUAUAUAGGAUCAGUAGAAUUAAGAGGAGACAAAUUGACAAAGGACGAAUUAGAAUGGAUGCUUGGGCAAUCAGGAGCUAUUAAUACUGAUUUAAAAGAAGACCCACGUCCAAAAAUUCGGGAUAAAAUGCAAAAUGAUUUACAGUUUUGCGAUUUUUAAAUUAUACUUUAAAAUUGUUUAUAUAUGUAUGUAAUUUAAAAAAAUAAAAUAUUGGUUUGUAUUUUUGUGUGGAUAAGUA